AAUUAUGAAAUAGAUUGACUGACGACAAACAGCCGAUUAACACGCAACGCACGGAAUAAAGUAUUUGAAUUUAAAUGAGGCACAAAAGACGUUUACGGGUCCGUCAGCGAUACAGUGUCUACAGGAAUAUUAAAAUAAAUUAAUCUUAUAAAAAUAUGCAGAUGGAGUGGUUUGAAAUCUACAGACUUACGGAUUUGUGACAAUUAUACGAUAUUAUUGUGUUAUACCUGCAAAGAUGUAUUAAAAUGUCUGAUCUCAACAACACUAAGCACCAGUAGUACAACUUUGCACAAUAUGGAAUCUAUGUAUGAUAUGGUAUGACAACAUUACCACCUGCCCCUGAUGACCUUCUUUAUGCAAUAAGAUGGACGUAAUUGCGGAAAGCCCGCGUUAAACCUAGAACGUUUCAAUGCAGGGCACUUGCAACAGAUAAUAAAUCAUGGACGAUGGCAGCACCGGAACACCAAUUCCCUUCAAAGUGACAGAUAACAUCAAAGCAAAACCUAUUUUGCUUAUCUAUCAUACAUUCGAGGAUUUCAUGAAACAAUGCAGAGAAAUAUUUGAUAUAUCCACUGAGGAAGAGAUUACAUUAGAAUCAGCCGAUGACGGAUGUGUAGUUGACAAAGGUGCAAUUCCGUAUUUAGAUCCGAAGUCUUUACUGAUUUUGCAUACCACAAAGAAAUCAAAGACAAAUGCAGGCCAUAAAGCAGACUGGACCCAAAACACUGGUGAAUCGCACUCGUUAAGAAAAACUGAUUUGUCUUGCAGCGGGAAAAUUCCUUCUUUGGAUGAUUUAGCUGACAUAACAAAUAAGGUUGGGAACGUUACCACAACUUCCUGUCAGAAGACCACAUCAGAUAAAAGAGAAACUCCCAACCGUAGCUCGUUCGAUUGGGCAACAGAAACAAUAGAAAAGCAGACAUCUGGCGCAGUUAUGAUUAAGGAGUUCGCAUCUAAACACGGGACAAUAAACAUCGGAGAAAUCAUUAAAAGCACCGUGCAUGACUGGAAAUCGGAGAAACUAGCAAUUGGAGUUGUUGGUCAGACUGGGUCUGGAAAAUCUUCGUUAAUAAAUACUCUAAGAGAUCUAAAUGAUCCCGAGAAUGAACAUUAUGCUCCGGUUGGCACGACAGAAACUACGAGUAAGUGCAAGUCAUACCCCCAUCCAAAGUAUAGUAAUCUUGUAUUUUGGGACAUUCCAGGUGUUAAUUCAACCACUUUUCCUCAAGGAACGUACCUUCGUGAUAUUGACAUUAACAAGUAUGAUUUUUUUCUUAUAUGCUCAGAAACCCGAUUCAAAGAAUGUGACAUAUGGUUGGCAAACGAGAUUGAAAAGUUGAGAAAGCAUUUUUAUUUUAUUCGUACAAAAAUAGAUCAAGAUUUGAGAAACACUAGAAAACAGAGAGGAGCAAACUAUAAUAAAGCAAAUGAAAUGGCAGCCAUAAGACAGGAAUGCAGGGACAAAUUAGAUGGAAACUCACCAAUCUUUUUAGUCUCGAGCUUUGAUCCUCACAAAUUUGACUUCCCGAGAAUGGUAAGUCAGUUGAUUGAAAAUGCCCCUGCAGAGAAGAAACGCAUACUCAUUAUGGGUAUGGUCAGUACUUCAGAAGAACAUAUUUGGAGAAAAUAUUCCUGUCUUAAGGCAGAUAUUUGGAAAGUUGCAUUUCUUUCGGGGAUAGUAAAUCUCGUUCCUGUUCCGGGGUUUUCCAUUGCGAUAGAUCUACCACUUGUAUACAGAACCGCAAUGACUUACCGAGACGCAUUUCAAUUAUCAGAGGCUGAUAUUGAGCGAUAUUCGUCUCUGUGUGGUGUAGAUAAGAGUAAAUUCACAUCUGAGGCAAAGCUGUCAAUAACUGCCAAUUUUUUUAAGAUGGAUGCUUUUAAACUUUUUCUUUUGGCUUUAAUGACCGUUGGAGAAGCCACAACUGGAAUGUUGGCCUUUAUUCCAUUAGUUGGUAGCACUGUAUGCGCAACAAUGUCCUACAAAUUUACAGGAAAUACCCUUCAGGAAAUACUAGACAGGUGCAAAGAUGAUGCAAUAAAAAUUAUUGACUUCGUAAGUACUCAUCAUAUAGAUGACUAAGAUAAAUAAACAAGCAUAAAGGGAUGCGCAUCUGAUAUAUGAAAUACGUAUUCACUAAUAGACUUGCCUUACAAUAAGCACAUAUUUAAUAUUCUUCUUUUUAGUAGCAAGUAUACAUCAAUCAUUCAGGAUUUCAUUUGUACAUUUACGUGUAAUUAUAGAUGUAUUUCAUACUGCAUCCAGAAACCAACUAAGGGAAGGACAAAAUGCGGUCCCUGAAAACAACUGGUCUCAUGAUACAACAUAUAUCUCCAACAACGCUAAAAGGAACUGCAACAUUAACAUUAAAGCAUUAACGUCUUGGAAACAAAAUAUUUUUAACAUUGUUGAUUCUCAUAUACAAUUUUACCAAACAAAUGAACACCUACUUCCACUAAAACCCAAGUUUACUUUAAGGCAUUUGAAAAAGGAUAUCCAAGAAUUUCAUGCUCAUGUAACUCUCAACAAAUAGAACAAAAGCAGAUCACAAAAUCAUAAUUAUGUACACGGUUCAGGGGGUAUUUUGAUUGAUAUCACAACAUUUCUAUUAUCUUCACAUUUACACAACUCGGUUCAGCAUUAUACAUCAAAGGAGACGCUAAAUCACGAAGGGCAAACGUAAAGUCGUCUACUAUCUAUGCGUACAUCACACUUCUGUCCAUACUGUUACAGUACAAACACGUUUCCACAAAACAGUAGUGUCUAAACUGUUCUAUUUAUUCUGUUUUAUUACAAAUCAUCUAUCACUUGGUUUUUAUCCUAUAAAUAGUUUAACUGCAAUGCAUCCCGUAUAAAGUCGCCCCGACUUCAUCUCAGUGUAUUUUCUGGUCCUUCGGGAUCAUUGAUGUCAACUCAUUUAGUUUUGAAGAUUGAAUACAGCUUAAGCCGGUGCUAGGGCGUUUGGGCAGUGUUGCAUUUUCCAUUACUGCUCAUGAACAGACUCCAUCAAACCGAGUCUGCAAUCUUCACUGUUUGCCUUGUUCUUGGUGCUUCCGAGGGAUCUACUUUUCAGAUUUUAUCUUUAGUAUUUACAUAGACGGCGGAAAUGCUGGCACCAGGCCUUUCGCAUCUUUUUUCCGGAAGAAGUGUCUUUUUGCUUGGCAAUUUCUUUCUGCUUUUUUCUUGUAUGUCGGUGGCAAAAUCCCACUUUUUGCUUUAUAACUUUCAGGCACGUGGCCUUGAUUGACCCCUGUAUCGAAUUUAAGGCUAAUGUCUUCAUUUAUUGUUGCCUAGUAAAAGACUUACCUUAAUCAACAGCGCCUGAUAUGCUGCUUUCAUGCAGUGUUUGGAACAAUAUCUGAGGAUAGAACUCAUGUUCCUUGUAUUCUUACUUAUAUGAAGUGUCCAAGUAAAAGGUUACUGAAAAGUUUAUACAGGCUACAAGUUUGAGUAACAUGUUUUAAAAUGUGUAUACAUAUAAGCGAAAGUGUAGGCAUCAUUAACAGAACAAAAUGUCGAGUCACUAUUUUUUGUUCAAUAGAUAGUCAUCAGCAUACAGACGCCCUUGUGGUAUUACAGUAGUGGCAGAUCUUUUGUAUACACAUAGAAUAAAAAUGUCCUAUGAAAGUAGCAUGGGGAAAAAAGUUAAAGUAAAACUUUAAUUUGGCUUAGGUUUUUCUUUUUUGACAUUUACAGCAUAAUUGUUUUGGGAAAGGUGUUUGAUGUAACGCUUAAGACAUUACUAAAACUUUAGUGGUGCGUUAAAUAUUCAUUUUUUUAUGCUUACUGGUGAAAUACUGCAAAUUAUCAGUGGAAUAUUUCUCUUCAUCACUCUCAGUGACGAUUUUCAUUUUAAGGAAAAAUUAUCUUCCUUUAAAAAUGUAUUCAUCAAUUACCUCCCUCUGCUGCCUUUAGAAUAACUGGUACCCUAUAGUUGCUCUAAUUUUCUAGCCAUAAAAAGUCAUUUUAAGCUUAGCAUUCCUGUAUAGAACAAACAAGCUAUACUUACGUUUUCAAAGACAUAAAAGUAAUGCUCUAGAAAUGUUACCUUGGUUGUUCAUGCAUACGUGUCCUCCAUUUUUCAUUUGAUAAGAGCUCUACUAUCGUUUGGUAGAUUAUACUGGCGAGAGCAUAUUUAAUUGAUUGUUGUCUUAGUUAAUUAGUACAACCUUACGUAAUAUGCCAGCAAUUUCGUCGAAGUACUACCAGACGCAGACUUGUUCCGAAUUUCGCAACAUGCAGCUCCUAUAUCAAUAUUUCCUGGUAAUUUCUGUUCAAUCCAUGAUAAUAUUUUAUUCAGCUGCUAUUUUUAAGUCGGAUGUCAGUAAUCCCCCAGUUUUUACGUUCUUCGUGAUGUUUUUAAUCUGACCAUCAGUAUGUGUUUGUGUGGUAAAAAAAGAAAGCUUCCAGGCAUUGAACGGACUGAUGGCAUUAACCAGAAAGUUUUAAAUAUGCAUACUCAACUAUUGACAUUUCCCACUGUCUGUUAGCCGCGGACGGUGUAUUUUUCAAGCAAAAUAUUUUAAGUCAGUUUUUGGUUUGUUUUGUGUUGAUUUCGCAGACCUGAUCACCAAUAUUUGACAAGUGACCGUGAUCAUUUAGCGGAUGCAUCACAUGUAACAUAGUGGCCUAAAUAAAUACAUUUUUCAUGAAGUAUGAUUCUCAUUUGAAUUUGUAAGCGUGCAAUAAAAAGAAAUUUCACAAAUUAGCAUAAAAUAAAAAAAAACAACAGUUGUUUGUUCUCAGUGCGAUAUCAAAAUAUAUAUUCACCGAUAAUUUUAAGGGAGCCAGUUCAAUAUUUUCACGAAUUGUUUCCCUUAUUAGUGAAGAAAUAUUUUGAUAUAUCACUGCAAACAAACAAAUAUCCUUCAUAGUGUAAAUACAAAAUUGUUGUGUUAUUAUUAAAAUGUCAGAGAUAUUUUUAAAGUUAUAUUUUAAAUUGAAAAGUAUUAAAUUCCUAGCGCAGUAUAGCUGUAGUUAAAAGGUUGAGGAAGAUUCUUCAAUAACUAAUAAAACUAUUAUUUACAUAUAUAUCGUAGCUAGUCAAAUGUACAAUGUCAGAUGCGAAAUAGUUUCAAAUCAUGAUAAUUCAAAAUACUACAUCAUUGAUUUAGGCUAUAAUUCAGGAAAAGAACGAUUAAACAUAUUACUUUUUCAGUGUGGAUAUUAAGAUGCUGCUUUAAUAAGUAUUAAAUGGUAUUAAAUGGUAUUUCAGCAAUGUGUAUGAAUGUACAAAAAACAAAUGAUCUAACAUAAACAUUGAUCGUUAGCAAUAUAUACGGCAGAAAUAUGUUGUAAAUUAUGACUAAACUCAUUAAAAUGUCACAAACAUAGGUCAUUUCGAAUAGAGAGGUUUAUACAUGGAAAAAGACACCACAAGUUAUCUUUUUACAGAGCAUCCUCUGAGGGGCAACACUACUACGCAGUGAGGCUGCUUCUCAUUCAUUUCGUUUGUAGUAUUCGCUCUUUAGCGUUUAUAUACAUGUAGUACAGAGAUUCGUUUGCCAACCAAUGUCAAGAUUCUGAGGUCUUUUAGGUAAUUAUUUGUGACUUUUGGAGUAUAAAACAGACUGAUCUGUAUUUUGUAGUGCGACAGUGAUCAAGUAUUUAAAAGCAAAAUCAUAUUUUCGUUAUUUUGCUUUUGUAAUUGUCUUCACUUCUGAAUGCCUUCAUAUAAUCACUUUGUAUUCAUUUGUUUUCAAAUUCAGAAUUAAGUGCAUUUUAUGACUACAUCUUAUGUAUCUUUUGUUAGUAAACAUUAGACGUUUUGAAGUGAAUAUAUUUACACCUUUUGAUAUGGGAAUGAUGUAUAGAUGCAAUUUCAUUUUAUUGUUGUGUGAAAAUUAUUUUUAAAUGUAAAUAAAUUUUGUUCGAUCAUUCCGCUAUUAAUAAUACAUUUAAUAAAACAAAACAAUUCAACGGUCAAUUUGUACAACAUUCGUUUUUAUCCAUUAAAUUCUAAAAUUACUGCAGAUAUAUUAUUGACUGUUUGUAUCGCCAUUUUUGUCGCGAUGAACUUGGCAAUAUAAUUGUUAAUUAUUAGUCAUUAGUCAUUUGUAAGUGUUAAGCUAACCCACUUUUUAGUAUGUAGAUCAUUGAGUAAUUUAUGCACACUCAAUUAUGCUGUGGACGUGAAAAUGUUCCACGACAUAACACAGACUGUGUCAGUCAGUGGUUUUGAUGAUAAAGAAAAAAUGUGAAUCUACACAUGCACUAUUAUUAUUGGAAAUGUAAUCGUUCUAAAUAUUCAUUAUUGUGUUUUUUUAUAAUCAUUUGAUUUUUGUACAAAUCAGAAAAAAAAUUGAACACUCUUUGAAAAUUUAAAUAAAAACAUGUAGGAGGAACAAGUGCCAAACAUGUUUUCAAAUCACAGUGGGACGGUACACCCCCAAUCUUGGAGUCUCUUGGGAUAUGGGUUGGGUUCCGUCAACUAUACGUCAGUUGAAGACGGUGACUAACUACUGGGCCCGGCUUUCCACCACAAACUCUUCACGAUUAAAUAAACGUAUAGCACUCUGGGCCAACAUUAAAGCUAUGAACUGUAAGAACUGGUUUUACUUUGUUAGAAAACAUUUAAAUCAUUAUGGGUUAGAGCAGUACUCUGAUUUUACUACACCAAUAUCCAAAUAUAAUAUUGUUAAGCAUAUUGGUGAAGCUAUGUUUAAACGUCAUAUAACAGAGAUCAGCACUGUGUAAAUUUAGAUGUGGAGUUGCUCCGCUCCGAAUUGAGACAGGGAGAUACGAAGGUUUACCUAUAGAAAGAAGGAUAUGUCCGUUUUGUAAUGUCAAUAACGUUAGUGUAAUUGAAAAUGAGAGCUUGAGUGUAGUAUGUACAAUGAUAUCAAUGAUACACUUUUUAGUAAGGCCAUAUUUUCUGCACCAAAUUUUAUGGACAAGAGUAUUGCUGAUAAAAUGAAAAUUAUUUUUACUUCAGAUGUUUUAACUAGAGUAUUAGCCAAAACCUGCUUUUUAAUAUUACAAAGAAGACAGUUUUAUCUGUGUAAAUAAUAUCUAUCUAUUAUAAGUGAUUUCCUUUCGAUAAUAUUGAGGGACAACUGCUAACAGAAUCAGCCUCGACAACAUUUUAAAGCCGAGUAUUAUAGUUACAUUUUAAAAAGUAAAGUUGUGUCUGGUUGGACUGAUAGGCAGUUGUUGCUCAAUUUUAUCCAUGGGUAUGUACAUAGUAGUGUGAUAUAUGUACAAAGUUCACUAUUGUAAAAAUAAUCUUUUUAUCAGUUAUUACUAUUAUUAACUUUUCUUACAUAUAGUGUUUCUAUGACACGAUAUUGUUAGAACAUAGACUUAAUAGGUUUGAGUCAUUUUCAGAAUAAGAAUGUUUGCCUUAUUCGAACAUGAAUAGAUAACAAGAGGCUUUAUUACUUGACAAGACAAAACAGUUGCUUUAAUAAAGACCACACUGGGUGUCUGUGAUCAACAAUAGUUUGUUUUUUUAUGAAAUCCACCAUUAUACUGGUAGAUUUUGUAGUCAUUGUAAAUUUAAGUUAUGUCUACAAAGUCUUCAUACAAGUGCAUACAUAUUCCUCAUUUUACUUAGUAUGCUUAAUAAUUGCUAAUGGAUUGUGACUGACUGAAUUAAAUAACUUAGUCAUAUGUUCAUUGAAAUAUGGAUUUGACUUCCACUAAACAUAUCAGUACACUCUGAGGUAACUUUCCCUCACCAGUUUCAAUCACACACACAUAAACACACACACACAAACCACACAGACAAAUGCAGACACACAUACACACAUACAUAUAUACAUUUCUGUACUUUUCUAAGUAAUCUGGUUACACACAUACACACUGGUCAGUAUGUUUUAAGUCAACUGGUAACACAUACACACAGACACCUGCACACAGACUGAAUUAAAUAACUUAAUCAUAUGUCCAUUGAAAUAUGGAUUUGACUUCAUUUUAACAUAUCAGUACACUCUAAGGUAACUUUCCCUCACCAGUUUCAAUCACACACACACACACACACACACACACAUAUAUAAACCACACAGACAAAUGCAGACACACAUACAUACAUACAUACAUAUACACAUGUCUGUACUUUUCUAAGUAAUCUGGUUACACACAUACACACAUCAGUAUGUUUUAAGUCAACUGGUAACACAUACACACUGACACCUGCACACAGACACACACUCAAGCACUCACAACACACAUGCACACACUUGCUUAUACACAUAAAUCUGUACUUGUUUAGUAAUCUGGUUGCUUUUAAUGUAUGUAUCGUUAUUUUUACUGUUUUAUACGGGCAUGUCUCUUAUAAUUCUAAAAUUGAAUGGCCAUAUACAUGUACAAUGCUGUGAUGUUUAUUUAUUUGUAUAUAUUUGAAGUUUGUAAAUGGAAUGAAAUAAAUAAAUAAAUAAAUAAAUCCAUAAAUCCUGUUUGUCAACCUCAAAAUACAAAUCUAACGUCAAUGCAUGGAUAAGUUGUUUGUUUGCUCAACACAUGUAAAUGUCUAUCAAAUUGUAAAACCAGAUAAAUAGGAUCCAAAAUUUAUUUGAGGAUUUCGUAACAUGACUAAUAAAAGUUAAUUUGAAAAAUAAUUGUUGUCAUGUUCGAACUAACGCUGUUCUGUUUAACUAAUAUUGUGCGUAAUGGCAAUUAAAUCAUUUCAUUCAGAUCGUUUGUUUUGUUUAUACUUCAAAUAAACGUCGUUUCAAUCUC